CGGAAUUUAUGAGAGAGAAAGUAAAAUAAAAAGGUAAAAACACAGAAAAAGAAUUCGUUUUUUACCAACGUUAUUUGGAGGUCCAAGCACGGGUUUGGGGUUUCAUUUCAUUUGGUCGCACAGUGUUGUCGGCCACUCUCUCUCUCUCUCCUCUUUUUGGCGCCGAUUGAAAUUGUGAGGACCAACAGACCACUUGAGAUAGUUUAACUUAGUUGCAGGGGAUGGAACCGUGGGGUGUUCAUCAUCGAGUGGUGUUCAUUGGUCAGCACGAGGAAGAUGGAACUCCUUCUGACACUUCUAGAGGAGAGGAAUCAAAUGAUGAGGAAGAAACCGUCGUUAAAAUUGAACCUGUCUCUGUGCCAGAAAUUAAGAAAAGGAAGCGCCUUAGCCUUAGUCAGCUUAAGGAGGUGAAAGAGGAGUCAUGUGAGAAGCAAAGCAGUAGCAAGCUUAAGAAAAAGAAGCAUGAAAGCAGGGAUAGAUGGUCCGCUGAUAGGUAUAAGUUGGCUGAGCAAAACAUGUGGGAGGUGCUAAAGGCUGAAGGGGCAACAUUUGAAAACCCAAUAACCCGACCUGCACUGAGAUUGGCUGCCCGCAAACACAUUGGUGAUACUGGACUUUUAGACCACUUACUUAAGCAUAUUGAUGGUAAAGUGGCUCCUGGAGGUACCGACCGAUUCCGAAGAUGGUUCAACACCAAUGGAAUCAUGGAGUAUUGGUUGGAGAGUGCUGAGUUGGAAAAGGUGCGCCAGGAGGCAGGGGUGCGGGAUCCCUAUUGGUUACCUGAUUCUUCUGGCGAAUUGAAACAGCUUAAAAUAGAAUUGGCGCAAAUGAAGAACAGAGAUAUGCAGGAACUCAUUGGCAAGAAGGAAGAGAAAAAUGAUAUUAAUUCAAUGGAGGAAACACACAAGGAUUUUGUGAAGUGGAAAGCUAUGACUGACCAUCGCCUUACUGAAAUCAUGACUUCUUUGAAGGGUGUGCAGGUAUCCAAAGAAGGAAAGUAUGGUGAAUUGGUGAUUUGGAAAACUAAAGUUGAGCAACAACUUGUGGAAAUAACUAGUAAAUUGAAUGAUCUUCAAGCAUCAAGGGAGUGCACCACUUUAAGUCCUCCUUCAGAAAGGUGGAAGGAUUGGAUAGAAAGCACCAACCUAGACAAUAUUCAGGAAGAUGCAUUUGCAACUUGGAUUGGGAAUCCAGAGCUACUUAAUGUUCCAGAAGAGAUUGUACUUGAAGAGCCCAGCACUGCCAUACCUACACAACCAUCCAAUGAAGAGCUGACUAACAAGAAGAGCGAUGUGCUGGAGUUGGUGCAACCUGUUAAACAAGAAGAUCAACCUAAUGUGACCCCUGAUUCUUCUACAACUGUUAAUUCAAAGUCAGACCUUGACAACUCAUUGAUUAUGUUUCAGGAAAUGUUUGUGGAUUUAUACAAAUGGAAAGAAAAAAUGGAGCAGCAGCUGAUGGAGGUAUCAAAUACUGUAUAUGGUAUGUUGGCAAUGAAGUAGGCAUCACUUCAGAGUAUCGAGCCUAGGAUAGGAUUAUAACCACCCUUUCGUUCAUAUGUUUUUCUUCGUUACUCUUAAAACUGGGUAGAGUUUAGAUAUUGUACAGCAUUAACAAUCUGAUCCUGAAAAUCUAUGCCAACCACUAAGUUCACAGAAGAGGUUGAGUCUCAUCCUGGUGGAUGAGCUGCAAAUUGUUGAUAUAUUUGACUGGCCUUUUACAUUAUACUUGGUUAUGACUUAAGUAAGGUAGGUAUUCAGUGGGACUGAAAUUGGUUGUUUUAUCGACUUGUUGGGUAAUAUUAUGAGUUACUAUAGUAUAGGUCAUUAGGUAGGCUUUACCCGUAUUAGCUUGAGCUAUAAUGUUAGAACUUGUACUUAACCUAUAUGGGAAUUAGUUGCCAUAUUUAUAUAUAGAAUUUCUACAAUAUCGUUCAA